CACUCGCAGCCGAAGAGACAGGAAGCUGAUCAGUGUUGUCGCUCGCUUAAUUUAAAUCGUGUUUUUGGACUGUUUUUAAUAUUUCUGAACGGUUUUAACUGUAUGUCUAAUCCUGUCUUAUUUCGGCGACCGGAUCUAAUAAAGGCCUUGGUGUUACUUUACUGCUGUUACUUUGUUCUGUGUUGACGAUUGGAUCUGUUUGCUCAUUGACUUGCGUUGACUGAAAUACAACCUGGAAAUUAAAAAUACAUAAAAUGUCCAUCGUGCCGUGUUACCUCUGGCAGGAUGAUCAGAAUUCAAGAACAAGAUGAAUUCAUUGCUGUGAGGGUUCAGGAUCCUCGCGUUCAGAACGAAGGUUCCUGGAACUCAUAUGUGGACUUCAAAAUUUUCCUUCAUACAAACAGCAAAGCGUUCACUGCGAAAACAUCCUGUGUGAGGCGGCGAUACAGUGAGUUUGUGUGGUUGAAGAAAAAACUGCAAAAGAAUGCUGGUCUUGUGCCUGUUCCUGAUCUGCCCAAAAAGUCAUUAUUCUCAUUUAUUAAUGAUGACUUCAUUGAAAGAAGGAGAAUGGGUCUACAGAGCUUCUUGGACAAGGUGUUGCACAUGACGGUAUGUCUGUCCGAUAGCCAACUCCAUCUUUUCCUGCAAACUCAGCUUCCUGUAAAGCACAUUGAGGACUGCGUGCAGGGCCACACCCCCUACACUGUGACAGAGGCCAUUCUUACCUAUGCUUCCUCCAAACUUGGUUGGGUGCAAGAGGAGGGGGGCGGAUCCCAAGAAUUAUGGCCAGCCCCUGUUCCAUAUGAAUCCGUAGAGAGCCCUGCUCCUCACCUCCCUUCUUUUCAGUGUGUAGGAACUACAUCAAGUGGAAUAGGAACUCCAAAUGAACUUACAGAUGUUUCAGACCUAGAAACAGAGUCAAUACUGAGUGAUGCAGAGCAGACUGCACCUGUACUGAAGUACGGAAAUUGUCAUGAACGGAUAGUUAAAGAGAGAGAAAGUUCCAUUAAUCUAGUGGUUGAAGUCCAUCCAACCACUCUUCUUAGUUUUAUAGAGACCGAGUUUGAGGUUGAAAACUGUGGAUCAGAUGAAACCCAAUGGCUUUAUAAGAAAAGCAAAGAUCUACAAGGGUAUGGAUGUGAAUAUCCUGUUUCGCAUAUAGACGGGCUGCUUGAAGACAAAUCUUGGCACAGAGAUUCAGAUAGCAAAGGGGAAGGUCUAGAUAAAGUGCCUGAUCAAGAAACAUCUGUUAAGAUCUCUUCAGUAGAUAGAGUCAUUGAGAAAAGAACUCUUGGUGAUAUUAAUGAAGGGGAGAGGGACAGUCAAGACGCUGCCCUUAAGCAGGAAUGCACUGUGAGACAAACCCCUGACAAGGAUCUUCAUGAAGAAGAUCCAAGUCCAAUGGUCCAUUAUAACAAAGUAACUCUGAAUCUCAGUGUUGCCCAAGAAGACACUGCUGAGCAGAGUGACCUCAGAGGGCAGGAACUUGUAGAAACUGCAGCUAAAACUGGGGAAGAUCAUGAACUGCAUGAUUUAGACAGCAUUAUAGAGGAUAUCACACCAUAUAAUGAAGACCAAGAACAAGGUAAAGCAGAGAUAACAGUGGACAAAGCUGUCCAGGAGAAUGGAGUCCGUGAUGAAAACUCCAACAUAGAUGCUGCUGUCCAGGAAGAUGCCACAGUGAGCCAAAACCUUGACAAGGAUUUUUACGAAGAAGGUUCAAGUAUUUAUUAUAAUGAAGUAACUCUGGAUCUCAGUGCUAAGCACAGCGACCAAAUGCGUGUAGAAAACACAACUAAAACUGGAGAAGAUGUUGCAUUUCUGGAUUGCUAUGUAGCCGGCAUCCUUGAGGAGAUCUUGCCAGAUACUGAAGACCCAGAACUAGGUAAAGAUAAAUGAGGAUGAUGCAAUCCAGGAGAAUGGAGUCAGCAAUAAAGACUCCAGCAUAGAUGCUGCUGUCCAGGAAGAGUCCAUGAAUAAAACCAUCUGUAAGCAUUCAGAGAUCAGUGAAACAAGCAUUCCCUGCUCAGAAUGCAAUGAGGAUCAUGUUGGUGAGGUAAACAUGCUCAAUGCAAAAUAUGUCCAAACCAGCAGUGACAUUUUGAUACUUGGAGAAGUUGAGGAAGCAGCAAUCAUGCAAAAUGACCCAGUGACCGAGAAUGUGCAAAAUGACAGCACUGAGGUUUUUUAUCAAGACAGCAACCUUGUUUUACAAGCCAUAGAGAUUGAUUCAAUGCAAUGCCAGGAGAAAGAUAAUUAAUUCCCUUUGGCAUGGCUUGUGAACGGAAUCUACUAUAGACUGUUGUCAACACAUACAGUCACAGACUGGACCCAUAGUAUGCUAUGCCAUAGUCUUCUACUGUGAUCUCAAAAUAGUGGGUGCAUGCAACUGUAAAGGGAUGAACACAUCUAAUUUUUCCUGCAUUGGUCCAUUGUUCGCAUGUUCUGUUACAGACUGCUUGCAGAAGAUACACUGAAUCAUUAGACGGGCUGUAGUUUUCUCUUACAAACAAUGUGAAAGAUAAUGCACUGACUAGGAUGGUGAACAAAUUGCAUAUGCAACAAAUACUUCAAACACAUGAUAGGGUGUGAGAUACAGAACUGUACAAAAAGCAAUGCGCAUCACAGUGGCAACUUGAUCCUUAUAUUCACCAUUCUUAUCCCUAAAUAUUGUUUGUUUCAUGUGAUUUUAGCAACAAGAAUUACUCCAUGAAAUGUGCUGACAUAUCUAUUUUAGCAUUUUUAAAUACGAAUUUUGGCUGACCCUUUUUUUCUGACGGUAAAAUGUUGGUCACACGUAUGCUUUGUUGGAACUAUGGGUGAUUAAUAUCAUAUUACUAAAUUUGUAAUAUCUACUCAGAACCAGUGUGGUUGUUUGAAGUGUUUCUUAAUUUAUGUCAGCAAGAUCCUAGUAUUCUUUAGAACUGAAUUGUCUUGUUUGAUUUUUGGCCAAAACACUAAUUUUCAUACAAUAAUUUAAUGAGCUAAGAUUUUUUUUUUUUUUUUUUUUU